UAUUUUAAGUAUAAACGGCGCUUAAUUAAAUCUAUAUAGCAGCGUAGCGAACAUAGCGUGACCUUUGGACAUGAAGCUAUAUUGCGCAAGCCAUCCCGUGGCGAUGACAAAAUAAAUGGAAAUAUUUUCAUCAAUUUCGAACGUACAUUGUGUUUGGACGCACCAAUUGCGCCUACUUGCGAUUAAUCCUAUAACUCGAUAUCAAACAGUUGGCUAUAAAGUCGUCUGUUCCUUCUGGAUCUUCGUUUGCAUAAGUGAAAAAUACUUGAAGUUUGAUGUUUUGCGUGACAAUCAUACCUAAAAAACGUCCCUAAACCUAUCAAUGAGUUGUCAGAUGCUGAUUCACUUCGCCCGAGCACUCUGCCAGGUAUUCACUGCAUCAAGUAAGACCUUUUCUCAAGUACCCGUCCAACAGCCGUCACAGUCGCAUCUCAAUUGUGACACAACAUGGCCAAGGCUCCGCGCGAAACCAGAAAUGCAACACGCCAGCAUAUAUGGCCAGUGCAGCCCAAUGUGCGGUGAAUCUUGCAGUAGCAGCACAUGUUUGAUCAGUGCAACAGGAAGUACCCUCAACAAACAAAACAUUACACAUGCCUAUUGUACAGAAAUAUGGUUUUUUUGAGUUAGAAUGCGGACGUAUGAUCGAACAUUGUAACUUAUGCUGCCUGGAAGAGUCUAGCGUUUAGACGGAUGCCUCGUUCCCGGUAGAGGGAACAUGGAUAUUUUGAUUAUCACGAUCUCGUCCAUCUUGUACUUCAGCGUUGCGCACGGUGCGGAGCCGAAUUCAGAACUGCUGUUAUCAACAGAAGCAUCAACUGUAGAAUCUUUCUCGGCCGCAGUGCUUGAUUCGAGUUCUCAUUCCAGUAAUUCCACCCUAACCCCAUGGCCGGAAAUUACCAAUGGAUUGCCAAGCGAUUUUCUCACUUCCGACGAAGGAAUUUCUACAACAGCCUCGACAAUAACAUCUGCGAGUACAGGAACUGAAAGUACCAAAGAAUUCGAAGAAGGCAGUUUGCCGCCCGCGCCAACCACGCCGUUUCCAGACACCGCACCUACAGAUCCGCCCCUGCCGGAAAUGGCCAGACCGUGCGACCAAAUGGCAUGCCGGCUGCCUUUUUGUUAUUGUCAGGGCUACCAGAUCCCCGGUGGUUUGUCCGCCAAUGACACUCCACAAAUGGUGCUGACCACAUUCGAUGGCGCCAUCAAUAUGCACAAUUAUCCGCUGUACACGCAAAUGUACCACAAUGAGCGAGUCAACCCGAAUGGAUGUCCGGUACGAGCCACUUUUUUCGUUUCGCACCGAUGGACAGAUUACAGCAAUGUGCAGAAUUUGUAUGCCACCGGCCAUGAAAUCGCUCUUCGCGGUGUAGCUUUAACCGGCGACCAGUUGAACGCGACCUACGAGAAUUUCACGGAAGACAUUGUGGCAUUCCAGCAAAUCGCCAAGAAUUUCGCCGACGUGGAUCCACAAGACAUGGUGGGACAGCGAGCGCCCUAUCUGAAGACUGCCGGUGAUGACCAGUUCCUGGCGGCAUUCGAUGCGAAACUCUUGUACGAUGCCUCCAUUCUGAAUCCCAAUACAACGCCGGUGUGGCCUUUUACUUUGGAUUAUGCCACGCCCUUUCAGUGUCCCGAAUGGUAUCCGCCGUGUCCGCUCUUGUCGUAUCCAGGCUUAUGGGAAAUACCAGCAACAAGGAUGGUUGGACCAACGGGAAUUCCGUAUGGAUUCUAUAGUGCUUACGAGUUUCCGAAAAAUCCUAUCGAAGUGGCGGAAGUUUUGAUGAAGUUUUUCAAAGCACAUUACGAGGGAAAUCGGGCUCCCUUUACACUGAACGGGCUUUCCUAUUGGUUCGGAACAGCGGAGUACCGGUUAGGCUUUGAGUUGUUUUUGGAGCAACUUUUGCGCUUACCGGAUGUAUGGAUAGUAACAGCAUCGCAACUAAUCAGUUGGAUGCAACGCCCAACGCCGUUGUCGUCCAUCAAGGACUUCCCGGCAUUCAAAUGCGACCGUCCGCGAACCGCCCAACCGUGUGAUACCGGCAAGACUUGUCGGACAUUUCUGGAAGGAGAAGAAAUUUACUUCUCUACGUGUAAACGUUGCCCUUUUACGUUCCCGUACCUGAAGAAUUACAAUGGUUGCUUUAAUGACCCUUGUCCCACUCCGAUUGUGGAGUACGCUGACAGUGUGUCGGCAUUGUGCUGCAGUUAUGUCGUCCACGUAAUAAUGUUACUGCUUGCGUUAUCUGUAGCAAUAAAAAUUUAA